UUGAGCAAUCCCGCAAGUAUUUGCGAUGAACAAGUGAUAACGAUCCGAAUUCUCAGCUAAAACAUGUAUAUAAGAUCUACAGUCAGAAACCCUAAGCCCUGAUUGCAAAGCACACUCAUGUCUUCAUGGCAGAUGCUAUCCGACCCCGACGACCAUUUCCUGUGGGAGAAUUCCCAUUUCAAGCCAAAUGCUGCGUCGAAUGCUUCAAGCUUUCCUCUUCCUUCCAUGUCUGAUGUUUUGCUUCAAGGAUGUUCUGUUCUUACGGAGAACCGUAAUGAAGGAGUGAAGCGCACUCCUACGUUUCGAACUGGCCUGGGAAAACUGGUCUCCGUAAAUCAAUCUUCCAUUACCAAAGCAUCAUCUGUUCUUGGUGAGGAUGCUUACGCUAGUGCAGGCAAAGAGCAUGCAAUGGAUGAUGAUAGCCACUUCUCAAAUUCUCUGUUUAAAACAGGCACUGGGAAAAGGGUCAAUAUAUCUUCUAAUGGUCUCGCUAGAGCCAAGACAUUACUGGGAAUCAAAGAACAUGCCAUUGAUUGUAAUUCCCAAAGCCUUCAGCAAACAAAGAAAUUGUGUGCUGUUGGUGAAACAUAUGAACUGCAUCGCUCAUUUCAGGCACAGUUAGAUAUGGGUGUCAUCAAUUACGGAAUGAUGAAAGUGGGAUCCCAUUUAAGUCCAUUGUCCCGUUCAAGUCCAUCAUUGAUUAACAACUCUAAACCAGUUGGUGGUACUGAUACGAUAAAGAAUUACUCUGAAAUAAACCGCGUUCAACCUGAAAAAUAUGGUUCCACUUGCAACAAAGGAUCAAUUAAAUUUUUCACUGCUGGUGGAAGAUCUAUAUCUGUUUCUAAUGAUGCACUUCAACGAGCCAAGAGUCUUCUUGGUGACCCUGACCUUGGAGGUUUAUUUGAUGAAGGGGAUGCAGGUAAUGCAAUCGUCUCGUUUUCAAAGGAGAGUCAAUCUGAUUGUACUGCAUAUUGUGAGGGAAAUGAUCCUCAUACUCCUUUGUACCAUCAUACAACGGCAAAGAGUAAGUGUAUGAGUCAAAAGUUCACAUCCCCCACAGAAUCUUCUGAUCAUAUGGAGUAUUCAACCAAGUUUUUAAGUAUAGGCACUGGAAGUAACUUGAUAACGAAGUUCAAUGCUGUGGGAAAGCAAAUUGAUUGCUUGCAAAGUAGCAUUGGUUGUCAGCAGACACCUUUAAAUGACCAAAAACAAGUGUCAGACACAACUACAUCUGCUUCAUUUAAUGGUUUCUCUUCAAAAGCUGAUCCAUUUGGAAACUCAUCAAGUCAGACUCCUGUUGAAAUUUCAAAUACCAUGGUUACCACUCAUGCAAACAAUAGGCAACUUGCCUGUGGAAAACGGAGGCUAGGACCACGUGUUACCGUUUCUUCCUUUAAACAGCCUCGCAUCACCAGAUUUUCUGCUCCUUUGAAGCAGGAUGUUACAGUAUUCCCUGAUGGUUCUUCUAAAUUAUCCUCCAGUAAUUUUGGCCGCAAAAAAAGGGUUUCUACUCGAUAUCCUUUCCAAAAUCCAAGGAUGGACGUCAGGGAAUUUUUUGGAAUGCUUCUAUCAGAGAAGAAAAUGUUGGAGCAUUUUUCCAACCAGUCAAGACAGGUCACAUCAGGUAAUGCAGAAAAGUAUAUGCUUGAUGAUGGUUCUGGUGUCAACACUAUGGGGUCAGAAGCUUUCUUCCAUAUAUUGACUCAGAGUGGAGCUUCCACAGAUUAUGCUUCCAAAGACUGGGUCACAAAUCAUUACAAAUGGAUUGUCUGGAAACUGGCAUGUUACGAGAGAUGCUACCCGGGUGGAUCUGCUGGAAAAUUUUUAACUACAUCAAAUGUGCUUGAGGAAUUGAAGUAUAGAUAUGAAAGAGAAGUAAAUCAUGGCCAGCGGUCUGUGAUUAAGAAAAUUCUGGAAGGGGAUGCAUCUUGUUCUUUAAUGAUGAUUCUAUGCAUUUCGGCCAUUCACCCCCAUCAAGGACUGAAAAUUGAGGCCCCUCGUGAGAGGAGACUGGGGUCCGAGAGCAGUGAGACAAUAAAAGUUGAAUUAACUGAUGGAUGGUAUUCAAUAACUGCCAUUUUGGAUGCGCCAUUGUCAAAGAAGGUUGCUGCUGGAAAAUUAUUUGUGGGACAGAAAUUACGGAUCUGGGGAGCUAGAUUAUCUGGCUGGACAGGGCCAGUUUCACCACUUGAGGUGUCAACAUCAGUUUGUUUAGUGCUGCAUAUGAACGGAACAUACAGAGUACAUUGGGCAGAAAAGUUAGGACUGUGUAAGCAUGCUGGUCCACCUCUAGCGUUCAGAUGCGUAAAAGACAAUGGCGGUCCAAUCCCUCAAACUUUGGUUGGAAUUACCCGUGUGUAUCCUUUUCUAUACAAAGAACGGUUAAGCAAUGGAGAAACUGUUGUAAGAUCAGAGAAGAUGGAGGCUAACAUGAUGGAAUUGUACAACCAAAGAUGCACCGCUGUUAUAGAAGGCAUCACUUCCAACCUUCAGGAAGAAACAAUGAGUUUUCAUUUUUAUGAUGAUGGUAGCGAAGGAGCCAAGAUUUAUAACAUGCUUGAGACAGCUGAAGAUCCUGAAUUCCUAAUGGCUGAUAUGAGUCCUGAGCAACUUAAUUCUUUUGUCGCUUACAAAGCAAAACUAAAGGCAACCAGUCAAUCAAACAUGGAGAAAUCAGUUGAGAAAGCUUUGAAAGAUGCUGGCUUGGGUAAAAGAGAUGUCACCCAGUUUAUGAGAGUGAGGGUAGUUGCUUUAACACAAAAAAGUAGAAAUGAAAUGCCUAGAGAAGGCUUAAUAACAAUCUGGAACCCAACAGAGAAUCAGCGACAGGAGCUGGUGGAGGGUCAAGCAUAUUUAGUUGCAGGUCUUACACCAUCACGUUCUGAUUCAGAUGUCCUCCAUUUACAGGCAAGAGGAUCUUCUACCAAAUGGCUGCCUUUGACUUCAAGUGCCAGGGAACGUUUUAAGCCUUUUUUCUGCUGUCGCAAAUUGAUCUCACUGUCAAGUUUGAGUGACAUCCCUCUUUCUAGUGAGUUCGACACUGCUGCCUAUAUUGUGCAUGUGGGAGAGGUUUAUACAUCUGGAAGUCGAAAGACACAAUGGGUUUUUGCAAUUGAUGGAUCCAAGUCUAAUGUAAAAUUUGGAAAGACAAUCAAUUUGCUAGCCAUCUGCUUUUGCUCACGGUCCACAGAUUAUGACUUGACUCCGCCAAUCAACUAUAACCUUGCUGGAUCUACAGUUGGCUUCUGUAACCUCAUUAGAAAAGAAAAGGACCACACAAACCAUAUCUGGGUUGCCGAAGCCACUGAAAAUUCAACUUAUCAUUUGACUUUUGAUUCCGCACACUGCUCUCACCUCAGGCAUGCUGCAUCCUCGAUCAAAAGAUGGGCAAACAAUUCAAGCCUUACUAUAGGUAAUGUCAAGGAAACAGUUUUAUCUGUAGUUGGUGAUUGCAAACGCUAGAAUGAUAAAGGUGCUGAACGAAAGAGAUCCUUUUGGAAUCAUGUACCUAAGCAGUUGGAAUGCAACGAUGGUAGCGCUUUGUUUUUUUGACAAGCGAAGGUAGGAAGAUGUAAAGCAUUUAUACUUUUUGUUCAUGUAAAGUUGAUAUUACAGUUCAGUUCUUUUUUGUAGUUCAAGCUCGUUGCUUGUGCGCUUGGGAACUGAUUUAUUUAGUGUACUUUCUCCUUUAAAUUAAAGAAAAGUGAAUCUUGUGCCUUGAACAGCACUGCUUUUCCACAA